AUGUCCCCGCUGAAGCCAAGGUACAAAAUGGAGAAAACCCACAAGAGGACCAACGUAUACACGACCACAGCAGAGAAAAAGACUACUGCUGCUACGAUGACGACGACAUCAAAGAUGAUGACCAAGGCCAAGUGGAUGUUGAAGUUCAAGACCAAGGAGGAGAACAAUGUUCCAAGACCUCAUUGCCACGCCACCGAAAAGGACAAACCCGACCAAGAAGAGGACACGACAGACGCUGCCGCCACUGCUGUCAUACUGCUACUACAGCGCCCGGGACCCACAUAGUAUGCCGCGGAACACGUCCACGACAUAGUAUCUGCGUUUGGCCUGUUUGUCACGCGGCAAAUCAAAGACAUGGUUGUGGCCGCCACGAACCUCGAGGGUCAAAGGACAUGCGCCACAGCCGGCAAGUGGAAAGCGAUGGACGUCACGGACCUGCGUGGCUACCUCGGGCUGCUGCUCUUCACGGCCGUGUACCGGUCCCGCAACGAGGCCUUGGAGAGCUUGUGGCACGAGGAGAGCGGCAGGGCCAUUUUCCGCGCCACGAUGCCAAUCAAGCAGUUCCACGCGUACUCUAGACUGUUGCGAUUCGACGACCGCGAGUCGAGGGCUGUCCGCCGAGCCUCGGACAAACUGGCGGCCGUACGAGAGGUGUGGGACGAGUGGACGCGGCAGCUGCCUCGCCUCUACAACCCGGGCGCCGACGUGACGGUGGACGAGCAGAUGGUGCCCUUUCGAGGUCGCUGCGCCUACCGCCAGUACAUGCCCAGCAAGCCCGCCCGAUACGGACUCAAGUCGUGGGUGACCUGCGACGCCGGCUCCAGCUGCGCGUGGCACAUGCAGCUCUACACAGGCAAGUCCGGGAGCGGCACGCCCGAGAAUCUGGGCGCCCGUGUGGUGCUGGACCUGACCGAGGGCCUGAGGGGCCCACGUAACGUGACGUGCGACAACUUUUUCACCUCUUACGCGCUGGCCCAGCGGCUGCUCGCCGAGCGGCGCCUCAUCGUGGUGGGCACAAUGCGCAAAAACAAGCCCGAGCUGCCAGGUGCGUUGCUCGCCACCAAGGGCCGGGCGGUCUUCUCGUCCAAGUUUGCCUUCACGCCCGUCGCCACUCUGGUGUCCUACGUGCCCAAGAGGCACAGGAACGUGGUGCUGCUGAGCACGCUGCACACGGGGGAUGCGCGCGUCGGCGCCAGCAGGCAAGCCAAGCCCGACAUCAUCCUCCACUACAACCACACCAAGGGCGGCGUGGACAACCUGGACAAGCUCGUGGGCACGUACAGCUGCCGCAGGAAGACGGCGCGCUGGCCCCUCGCCGUCUUCCACAACAUCCUCGACGUGUCCGCCUACAACGCCUUUAUGCUGUGGCGCGAGCUCAGGCCCGAGUGGAUGCGCUCAACAGUGGCACAGUCACAAGGGGCCUAG